GUCACAACAACCACCGACCAUUAGAACGUUGCAUGAGCGUUCGCUCAAUGAGCAGGUGGAGGCAGCUCGGGACCGAGAGCAACGUCAGGCAGCUUUUCAACAGCGGCAACAUAUGCAACAACACCUCCAUCACCACCCACACCCGGUGAUCCACACUCUCGAAGAUCCCUCCCCCCAGCCCAUGCAAGUAACCCUCCCGAGGACAAAGAGUAAACGACAGAUGAUGUACCCACACCCCCUCCCCACUAGGAUGAUUAAGCAUCCCAGUGCCAAAGCGCGCGUUCUUGGCACUGGAUAUGUCAAGCCCACCCCUUCUCCAGGUGCACAACGCUCAGGAACGGAGAAGAAACAGACGAACGGGACCCAGAAGAGGGUAGAUAGCGAGCCUGUGGUCUUGCGGGAGAAGAGCCAGCGCAGGGAACCAGUAUUCCUCCUCGGAUCGGAUCCAGCGCCUCCAGUGCAAGAGGCGCCAAAGCCGCAGGUCCCUCUUGGAGUUGGUUCUCCACAAGUCACCAAACGGAGGGAACCUGACCCAACUCAGGCGGGAUGCAUCCCUUCGAGCUCUCCUAGGAUUCUCAAGGCUCCGCCACCUACCCCAGCAAGUGUCAUGAGUCAUCGACCCCCUCCGGCUGUCUCCCCAUCCCGAUUGCGCGUGCCACCUCCGACGCCGGUGACGGUCAUGGCACGCAAUUUACCCCCUGUUCCUCCCCCGAGCCCUGCACCCACCCCACCACACGCGAAACACUCUACACAUGCCCAUGCUGUUACGCAUAGAUCGCCUCCGCGUUCUUCGUCUGUCGAAGAGGGGGAUGACGAUGAUGACUCCGAGUGGUACGAUUCUGAUGCGGAAACGGACGUCGAGGACGAAGCGGAGGCGGCAAGGCAAGCUGAGAUUCAACGCGCCGCGGAAGAGGCACAGAGACAGCGAGAUAUGUUUGCCAAGAAGCGCACCCCAUCACGAGUCGAACUGGUUGAGCUAGGAAGGAUAGGAGGCGGCUUAUCUAGGCUGUUCCACCCAGAUCCGGAAAUAUUGAGAUCAGCGGAUCUAAAUCGCACCCAAAGCAGUGACGCUUGGGCGAAAGCCAUCGCUGCAGAUAAUCUAAAGAUGAGCAAGUCGGCCGUCGAGCUGCGGCCGAAUCAGGAACUGGUGCCGGCUGUGGUGACUCAUCCGAAGAAGACGGUUGCUCCACUCAAAUUGAGCAAGAGCACCGCCGCCCUGCCAACGGUGCAGAAUCAAAGCAUUACUGCGGGAGAAAGUGUGACGGGCAGUACGCGUGGAUGGAUGCUCAAAGGCCGCCCCUCGGACGAAGAAGAGAGUGACAGCGAGUCGGAGGAGCCCGAUCUCGGCAUGUCAAAGAGCGUGGCUCAGCAGCGUUUGGAGGCGUUUGCGAGCCGGCGUAGCUCACGUACGGGGACUAAUGGGUCCAGGCGGCUUACACCACCUACACCGUUGCGGCAGUCUGCGGAGCGGGCACACCCCAUCACACCGGCGAUCGUUGAGCGCCCGCCGUCAUCUCGCACCUCGCCAGCUCGUACUUCCCCACCACGUGCGAAUGGAAUACAUCAAGUCAGCUUUGCCCCUAUCGAGACUACCGAACCGGAGACCCUUCCUACACAACCGAUUGACUUCGUUCCUCCUCCCCAUCCUUACAACCAACAGAUUGCCCCUCAGAACACGCCUCGAACAGCCGCGAGGAUCAUGAUGUCAGACGAACUGUCUGAGAGUGUGCGCAGACAGUUGCUGUGGAUGCGUGCAAGCAGGGCUACGGGAUUCCCGAAUAAUAUCCCCCGCACACAGAGCCAGGACGACGUGGUUCGGAACCCUCCUCGGCCGAAUCGAGCGGCACUCAAGGAUGAAGUGCGCGGAUCGGCCCCGCAACCUGGACAAUGGGCACAGGCCGAGGUACCCCCGGAUAACGCAAAGCGGCGGUCUGUGGCUGGCCUUCGGCCCCUUACCCCGCUUGAACGGACAGAACAACGCCAGGCGAACGCGCUCCAGCGGACACGGAGUCUGGCUGAAGGCUUGGCGCACCACGACUACCACAUCGCUGGCUGGUGAAGGGGCCAGCAAUGAGCAUUCAUGCAUGGUGUUGUUGUAUUCUACCCUGACUGACUCGUUCGUCUUUGUUUGCUUUUCCGAUGUUUCAUGUUUGGGAUAAACCUGCCUGGACCUCGCGCACGGUACUGUACUUUUUCCAACUGUUCAAGCUGUUCACACGUUUCUCUUUUUCCCAUUGGCACGCAUCAACAUUCUCCUACCCGAACCAAUGUCUACCCAAUCUAUGCGACCUUUGGCCGUCGA